AUGAAGGCGGGAGUCACCGCGACAACCUUCUUGGAGGAGCUCCAAAAAGCCUUUGGGGAUUCUAACGCAGAACAAGUUGCCGCUGCCCGACUCAUGGCCCUUCGCCAGGGGAGACGGUCCUUCGCGGACUACAUCUCUGACUUCGAAAUGCUGGCUGCGGACGCGGGAUACAACGUGGUCACCUCAACCAAUGACAAGGGCGAGUACAAGAAGGGGGAUCAGGACAACAUCCUCAUCGAGUUCCUCGAGCGUGGACUCAGCAGCGAAAUUGCAAGCCGCCUCUACAACACCGGUGUCCCCCUGCCCAAGGCAUAUGGUGCCUUCAAGAACUGGUGCGUCAACAUCGAGGCCAAUGCCUUGCGCGAUCAGCUGCGUAAGGCAUCCUAUGCGCACUCAACUCCGCGGCCCCCACCCCAAUUCCGCCCUCAGGCUGCACCAUCAGCACCUGCACCCGCUCCGGCCCGACCAGCGGCCAACAAGCCGGUUCCAAUGGAGAUCGAUUGCACCCACGCCUGUGGCCGCAAUAUCAUCUGCUACAACUGUCAGCAGCCUGGGCACAUUGCGCGGAACUGCCCUGAGCCCAAGAAGAAGCGCACGUUCUUCAAUCGGGCCACAAUGCUAGAAGAAAUCGAGAACGGGGACAAGGACAACGAGUUCCUCAAGGAGAUCGCCGAGAAGCUGCGCGAGAAGGGUUUUUGA